AUGGGGGGGUUGGGGGGGUUAGGAACGGGUUCGCGGCCUCCGCCGCGGAGAGGAGGGCGGCAGGAGGACGAGGGGGAGGGAGGACGGUUGUGGAACAGGAUCGUGUCGGACAGAUACCGGUUGCUGCGUCCUUGGACGACGUCCCCCCUCGACGACAGCGAGCUGUGGUGGGCCAAGCCCCGCCUGUCUGGUAGCGGGACGGCGGUGGUGGUGAAGGUCCUGGCCGACGGGAAGCGCGACGCGACGGGCUGGGAGGCGUUCAUCCGGGAGUGGGGGGUGCUCAAGUACCUCCAGGAAGAAGGCCGGGUCGGUGGUAGGGAGCCGCUGAGCGUCGGCCUGGUGUGCGCCUUCGAGACGGAGCGGAGCCUGGUCUUGUCGAUACCGGCGGGCUCAAGGACUCUCAAGGAGGUCGGCCAGCAGAUGCACAGCGAGAGGCGGAGCAAGAAGAACAGCGUUUCCGACGGCGGUGUGUUUAACGAUCAGCCUGACGGUUCAUGCUCCAAGUUGCCGCUUGUGGGUUAG